AUGUCUGCUCCCUCCGCUAUGUGCACGGUCGAGACCGUCAACGGCCGCGAGUACAAGGUCCGCGACAUGGCCCAGGCCGACUUCGGCCGCAUGGAGAUUGAGCUCGCGCAGGUCGAGAUGCCCGGUCUCAUGUCCAUGAUCAAGGAGUUCGGCCCCGCCCAGCCCCUCAAGGGCGCCAACAUCUCCGGCUCCCUCCACAUGACCAUUCAGACCGCCGUCCUCAUCGAGACCCUCGUCGCCCUCGGCGCCAAGGUCCGCUGGUGCUCUUGCAACAUCUUCUCCACCCAGGACCACGCCGCGGCCGCCGUCGCCCGCGACUCCGCCGCGGUGUUCGCCUGGAAGGGCGAGACCCUCGAGGAGUACUGGUGGUGCACCGACAAGAUGCUCGACUGGGGUUCCGAGCCUCUCGACAUCAUCGUCGACGACGGCGGUGACGCCACCCUCCUCAUCCACGAGGGUUACAAGGCUGAGAUCGAGUUCGAGAAGUCCGGCGCCAAGCCCGACCCCUCCACCACCGACAACGCCGAGAUGAAGCUCGUGCUCAAGACCAUUGCGGAGAACCUCGACAAGGACCCCAAGCGCUGGCACAAGAUCGUGUCCACCUGCGUCGGCGUCUCCGAGGAGACCACCACCGGUGUCAAGCGCCUGUACGAGAUGCAGAAGGCUGGCGAGCUCCUCUUCCCCGCCAUCAACGUCAACGACUCCGUCACCAAGUGCAAGUUUGACAACCUCUACGGCUGCCGCCACUCGCUCCCCGACGGGAUCAUGCGCGCCACCGACGUCAUGAUCGCGUCCAAGACCUGCUUCGUCGCCGGCUUCGGUGAUGUCGGCAAGGGUUCCGCCCAGGCGCUCAAGGCUGCCGGCGCCCGCGUCAUCGUCUCCGAGAUUGACCCUAUCUGCGCCCUCCAGGCUGCCAUGGACGGCUUCCAGGUUGCGCCCAUCGAGGACGUCGUCGACAUCUGCGACAUCUUCAUCACCACCACCGGUAACAAGGACAUCAUCAUGGUCCACCACAUGGAGAAGAUGAAGAACAACGCCAUCGUCGGCAACAUCGGCCACUUCGACAACGAGAUCGACAUGGCCGGUCUCGAGUCGUUCCCCGGCAUCAAGCGCCAGAACAUCAAGCCCCAGUGCGACCGCUACGAGUUCCCCGACGGCCACGGCGUCAUCAUGCUCGCCGAGGGCCGCCUGCUCAACCUCGGCUGCGCCACCGGCCACCCCUCCUUCGUCAUGUCCUGCUCCUUCACCAACCAGGCCAUCGCGCAGCUCGAGCUCUGGAACGAGCGCAAGACUGGCAAGUACGAGAAGAAGGUGUACGUGCUCCCCAAGCACCUCGACGAGAAGGUCGCCGCGCUCCACCUCGAGAAGAUCGGCGUGAAGCUCACCAAGCUCACCACCGAGCAGGCUGCGUACAUCAACGUCCCCGUCGAGGGCCCCUACAAGCCCGCCGCCUACCGCUACUAAGUUCGUCGCGAUGCACGACGCGCCCGUCGAGCGACGGAACGCGCUCCGCGAUAGCUGCUUAACACUGGGGGGUUGCGUGUUGAUAUCACUUAUGUAGGUUUCUUUAGCUCAAAAGGUGCGGUUGAGGAGCACCCGACCGCGCAGACCCCCGAUGAAAUUCGGGAAUAAUAGGGUUGUGCUCAUGAGAAAAGGUCCUGGACGUCACGCCUUUGGUGGAUGUCCUCCCUGUCCUUCCUGGUGAUCCCCGUGAAGUCCAAGCUCCGAACGAGAGGAAGACUCGCGGCUACGGCGUAUCUGUAAUUUUUGUCCGACUGCUCGCAAGGAUUGCC